AUGAUCAUGAGAAACGUGUGGUCUGAGUGUCAUCAGCCAAAAGCGUGUGUGUGUGUGUGUGUGUGUGUGUGUGUGUGUGACGUCAGCCUCCCUGGCGAUGUCACUAAGCCAGCACAGCUGUGCUGCUGGUGUGCCUGCCGCCCUGUGUCUGAAGGUUGCAUAGGCAGGCGUGUCCUGCCCCCAGCCCCAUUUCCAGGCCCCAGUGAUGGCAGUGUCUCUAGUAAUGCAUUUCGGAGAAAUAACAAAAUGGAAGGGUGUGUGGACCUCCCUCAUCCAGUGCCUCCUUUAGGUAACUCAUCCCCCUCAACCGUCCAGCCCUGA